UGCAACUGAUAUAACAGAUGUCAAUAUGAUAGUAAUAUAAUUGUCAUGGUUCAAACGAUAGUGACUAAAUCAUUGAUAUGUGUUCAGAAUGUUUCUUGAAUUUUUCAUCAUCCUUUUAUAUCUGUCCACAUUUGAAUUGAAAAAUAUUUCGGAAGUUUCAAAUAUAAAUAAACGUGUUUCGACAGUUCAUAGUUUCAUCAAAACAACAGUGAAAUCUACAAGCCCAGUGACAUCUCCUUGGACCAUUCCAGGAGCACCAGGAAAAAUAGUAGGUGGUCACAACUGCGAUGCCGAAAAAUACCCAUUUAUGGUGUCACUGAGAAGACUCAAAACUUUAUCUCAUUUUUGUGCUGGGACAUUAAUCAGACCAAAUUGGGUCAUGACUGCAGGUCAUUGCGUGGCACCGCAUGCUGAUGAACCAAGACUCUUCACUGUCAUUGCUGGAAUAUCCCAAUUCAAUGAACUUGGCAUACAGAGAAUAAGAGUCAAUAAAAUUAUCAUUCAUCCAGAAUUCGACGAGAAUAACCACGAUAAUGACAUAGCCAUGAUUUGUCUGGAACAUAAUUUUGUCAUUACCGAAUUAGUGAAGCCGAUCACCAUCCCAAAUCAUGUUAUACACGAAGAUUUAUCCACAGUAUGUCCUGAGGGAAUCAUAAUUGGUUGGGGAUGGCAUAACAAAACCAAAGUUGAACAUUUUGAAAACGGUUCCAUCUCCCACAUACCCGUAAUGCAAUGCGUGAUCAAUCUUCCGGUUUUAUCGGAUCAGCAAUGUCAAAACGCGAGGGCAGGACUACAUUUGCGCCCCAAUACGUUUUGUACCAUGGUGCCGACGUGGGAAAACCUGUGCCAAGGUGACAGUGGUGGACCAUUGUUCUGUAAUAACGUGCAGUACGGCGUUGUUUCCAAGGGAUAUACUUGUCAUUUCCUUCAUGAUACACCUGGUUAUUAUACAAGAAUAGACAGAGUGUUGAAUUUCAUCAAAGAAUGUUUAAGUGGACAAGUGAGUUACUAUAGAAAUAUUAGACAUGAAGUUGACGACAUGGAAGAUGGUUCUUUAGGUUUUAAGCUCAAUUCUCUGUUAUUAAUCUUAUCGAUAUUCUUGUAUUAAUAAUUUGAAAACAAUAAUUGGUAUUGAAAAGUA